AUGGAACAGAGCAGGAGAGCGGUGGAGUCUUACUGGAGGUCGAAGAUGAUAGACGGUGCCACGUCGGACGAGGACAAGGUUACUCCGGUCUACAAAUUGGAGGAGAUUUGCGAGCUUCUGAGGUCAUCCCACGUCAGCAUCGUUAAGGAAGUAUCCGAAUUCAUCCUCAAGCGCCUCCAGCAUAAAUCCCCUGUCGUCAAACAGAAAGCACUGAGGGUGAUCAAAUAUGCAGUGGGAAAGUCAGGAGCAGAGUUCAGAAGGGAGAUGCAGAGGAACUCUGUAGCUGUACGUCAGUUAAUUCAUUACAAGGGAGAGCCAGAUCCUUUGAAAGCUGAUGCGUUGAACAAGGCUGUGCGUGAAACUGCUCAGGAAGCAUUAUCUGCCAUAUUUUCUUCAGAUGACCACAAACCUGUGCCUGCUGAGAACAGUCUUGGUAGUCGUAUACAAGGUUUCGGGAAUACCAACUUUGAAAUGCCAUCAGAAGAUAAGAAGUCCUUUCUUAGUGAGGUGGUUGACAUUGGAAGUUCUACUAUUAAGCAGGGUUUAAGUAAUUUAACACAAUCUCCAUCCCUCAAAAAGAGUAUUGAGACUGGAAGUUACAGGAGCCCGAAUCUUCGGAGAUCGUUGACUAUUGAAAAUGAUAACUCUGAUCGAUAUGAAGGAAUUGGCUCUCAUGGCGAAACUCAGAACAGUGCACGCAUCUCAAAGUAUGUUGGUUCUGGAAAUUCUUUUCCAGAUUUCAGUGCAUCCCGGGCAGAAACGACUAAUGGAGAUUCUCGUUCAAGUUAUGGUGAAAAGACUCGUGAGGAGAAAUUGUUAGAGACCAUUGUGACGUCUGGUGGUGUCCGUCUCCAGCCAACUCGAGAUGCACUUCAGGUUUUCCUUGUGGAAGCAUCAAAAUUGGAUGCCUUGUUGUUAGGGCAUGCUCUUGAGUCAAAACUUCAAUCACCUCUGUGGCAGGUGCGCAUGAAAGCCAUUUCCGUCCUUGAGGCAAUUUUACGAAAGGCAGAUGAUGAACAUUUUUCUGUUAUAUCAUCUUAUUUUAGUGAUAACAAGGAUGUUGUGGUGAAAUGUUCUGAAUCUCCUCAAGCAUCUUUGAGGGAGAAAUCAAAUAAGGUGUUGAGUCUUCUGGGUGGUGAACAAGCUAGUAGUGGAGUCCAUCAGCUAGAUAAAUCUGUGAAGGCUGAGACAGUUGCAUUUCAGAUGCCGAAUUUAUUAGACACUGGUGAUUCUGAUGAUCUUAUUGGAGUGGAAAAUUCUACUGAAAUGCAUGGCGAUCAAAUAAUUGAAAAUCCGGCGACAUCUGCCUCUCCUCUGAUUGAUGAUAUAUUUGGAGACAGUUUCAGAGUCAGUGAAAGCACCAAUGGAGUCAAGUAUGAUGAUGAUCCUUUUGCAGAUGUCUCUUUUCACACCAAUAACGAUAAGGACCAGGCACUUGAUCUAUUUUCUGGGAUGACUGUUGAUAAGUCAGGAGCUACUGAAGCCCAUUUAGCAACUCAUAAAACUGGACCUGAACCAUUUGAUUUUUUAAGUUCCAAUUCCGAAGCUUCCCAGGAUCAAAGUAAUUCUAGAAAAGAUGUUAAUGACUUGAUGUCUGGCUUGUCUAUAAAUGGUAAUGAUCCAUUUGCCAAACUAAGUGGAAGCUCUGCCGAGAAGCAUGUUGAAAAUGUUGGCUUGGAGUCCAAUGAUGUCUUCAACAGCGUACUCAGUUCUCAAGCUACUGGGGUGAAUGCUAAUCCUGUGUUCCCUUUGGGUGCUAUGGGAUAUAAUUUUCCUGCUGGCUUGAUGUUCAAUCCAUCAUUAGUUUCUCAGCCAAUGGCUUACAAUACCAUGGAGAAUCUUUUUGCUCAGCAACACUUUCUCACGACAAUGUCCAACUUUCAGCAGCUAAGGAACCUGCAACCAAGUGCAAGUGUUAGCCAUGCUGCUGGAUAUAACGGAGGGUUUUCAUCACCCAUUCCAGAUAUUUUUAAUCCUAGCAUUGCUACUCAAGCUCCCACCUCAUUGAUGAAUGAUUCAAAGAAAGAGGAGACUAAAGCAUUUGAUUUUAUCUCGGACCAUCUGACUGCAGCUCGUGAUCCAAAGCGGUUGUUUUGA